AUGUACUAUACAGCUGAUUGGGCACAGCGGAAUAUUGAUCACAGCAAGAUGGUUGGUUUGUGUUUUUCAAUUCUCAUAGGCUUCGUUGGCUCGGCCAUCGCCGCGAAUUCAGCGCAAUGGCGCCCACAGUCUAUUUAUUUCUUGCUCACGGAUCGAUUCGCGAGAACAGACAACUCCACUACUGCCAGCUGUGAUGUGAGCGCUAGGGAAUAUUGUGGAGGUUCCUGGCAGGGUAUUAUCAAUCAGCUUGAUUAUAUUCAAGGAAUGGGGUUUACUGCAAUUUGGAUCACUCCUGUUACCUACCAACUGCAAGGGGACACGGGUGAUGGGACGGCAUAUCAUGGCUACUGGCAGCAGGAUGCUUACGCUCUCAACUCUAACUAUGGUUCGGCCGAUGAUCUCAAAGCCUUAGCUUCGGCACUGCACGACCGCGGCAUGUAUCUCAUGGUCGACGUGGUGGCCAAUCACAUGGGCUAUGAUGGUGCUGGAAACACAGUUGAUUACAGCAUCUUCAACCCAUUUAACUCUCAGGGUUACUUCCACCCCUACUGUUUGAUCAGCAACGAUGACAACCAGACAAAUGUGGACGACUGUUGGCUCGGAGACACAACAGUUUCGUUGCCGGAUCUCAAUACUGACUCGAAAGUUGUUCAAAAUAUGUGGUAUACUUGGGUUCAUUCCCUCGUCUCUAACUAUUCCAUUGAUGGUCUCCGCGUCGACACUGUCAGAAAUGUCCAAAAGAGCUUCUGGCCGGGCUACAACAGAGCUGCUGGAGUCUACUGCGUGGGUGAAGUCUUUGACGGGGAUGUGGAUUACACUUGUCCUUAUCAGGAGGUCAUAGAUGGCGUACUCGAUUACCCCAUGUACUACCCGCUCCUCCGAGCCUUCGACUCUACUAGCGGAAGCAUCAGUGACCUCUACAACAUGAUCAACUCGGUGAGAACGACAUGCUCUGACUCUACCUUGCUGGGAACAUUCGUGGAAAAUCACGACAAUCCCCGCUUUGCCUCAUACACAGAAGACAUGUCUCUUGCCAAGAACGCGGCCACUUUCACAAUAAUGUCAGAUGGCAUCCCCAUUAUUUAUGCAGGCCAGGAACAACAUUACAAUGGGGGAAAUGACCCCUAUAACAGGGAAGCUACCUGGCUGUCGGGCUACAAUACAAGCAGCGUGCUCUACAAGCUUAUAGCCCAGACAAACGCUAUCCGCUCGCAUGCCAUCACCAAGGACUCCCGGUACAUUACUUCCAAGAAUUAUCCAAUCUAUCAAGAUGAGAACACCCUCGCUAUGCACAAGGGAAGCAACGGCACCCAGACAAUUACAGUCCUGUCUAACCUUGGCGAGAGUGGAAGCACAUAUACGCUCUCGCUUGCUAACACGGGCUUUACAUCGGGCAUGGCUCUGACAGAGAUCUUCACUUGCGCAAACGUAACGGUCGAUGCGAGCGGAGAUGCGCCUGUUCCUAUGGCUAGUGGAGAGCCGCGAAUAUUGUAUCCGAGCUCGAAGCUUGCGAGUUCAGGCAUUUGUUAG